AUGUGCCGAUUCAAGUUCUCCUACGUCCCCGGCUACUUUGUGGACAGUGUCGAGGCCGCGAAGGCGUGCCCAAGCUCCAAGCUCAUAACACAGCCUAACCUAGGAUUGCUGCGGCGAACUUACGACUUUGAGGAGUCUGCGCCUGGGGAGCUACCUUGGGCUCGGUUCCGGAACCAUGUGGAUGCUCUCAAUCGAAACAGCUCGCCCGGCGAAUCCUAUAAGCUGCUGUAUCUCGUGCGCCAUGGCUUGAGCGUCCACAACAUCGUCAUGGCUAAAGUGGGGAGCGAUUCCUGGAAUAACCAUUGGUCCCAUCUCGAAGGCGACGGUGAGGUUACUUGGGUGGACGCAAGGCUCACCAAGGACGGGAUUAGUCUGGCCCAGAAUGUCGGAAAUCUCUGGACAACCAAGCUCGUGUACUCGCCGGUCAUGACCGAGCACGAGAGGAGCCUCCAGCCUUUGGUCAAGGAGCUCCUGAGAGAACGGCUAACGGGUCAUACCUGCGACAAACGGAGCACUCGGUUGUGGAUAGCAGAGAACUACCCCGGCUAUGUCAUUGGGGAAGAUUUCGAGGAGGCGGAUCCGUUGUGGAUGGCGGACCAGUUCGAGACGAACGACGAGCAUGUGGCUCGAAAACAGAGACUCCUCGAGGGUAUUUUCGUCAACGACGACUCUCCGAUUGUCUCUCUCACCACUCACUCAUACGCUAUCUCUGCUAUUCUCGAAGCCGUGGAAGCGCCUCACUUUCGCGUCAGCGAAGGGGCGAUCGUUCCGCUAUUUGUCAAGGCUACGAAGGUCGAGGGAGAAGACUAGUAGUCACGAUGGAGACAGACCGACAAUCACCAGAAUUAUCUAAUUAUUGAAGGGCCGGUUUGAGCUUGGGCGAAUCUGGGAAGCGUCGGCGCAGGAAUCAAGCGAUUGGAAUGACACCACAUGGCGCCCCUGGCUACCAUGAGUUUAAGCUGCCUCGCCACAUGCGGCCAUGCAGCGCAGUAAGUUCUGUCACGGACGACGCUGUCUCUGACAUGGUCCGGGGAUAGGUGUUAAGUGUAAUUAGUCCCUCGGAUGUAGAUCGAGAACCCCUGUCCCACUCGUCUCCCGGCGCCAAAUGAAACGGUGAAGAAAGUGCGGAACAACCUUUCAUACAGAUGCCAAGCUAGUAAUGCAUGAGGAUGAGGAAGUGGAGGCUGUGCUCAAUGGAUAAAUCUUUUGCGGCACAUUCUUCCCCAAGAUUCGUCUCAUACUCCGCG